ACGGAAACACUCCUCGAGUGAAGGAUCAAUUAUCAACUGCUCCCUGCAGGAAUCUCAAAGGAAUAUCAAACUACAGUAGAAGUCAAGCAGCAGCUUCACUCAAACAGUAUGACCGAUAACGAGGAUCCCAAGAAACGGAAGGAGAGCAAAGGGACGAGCAAAGAGUUGUGCGGUUACCCGCUCAGCAUCUUCUUCAUAGUUGUGAAUGAGUUCUGCGAGAGGUUCUCCUACUAUGGCAUGCGAGCGGUCCUGGUGCUGUAUUUCAAGUACUUCUUGCGCUGGGACGAUGACUUGGCCACCUCCAUCUACCACGUCUUUGUGGCUCUCUGCUACCUGACCCCCAUCCUUGGGGCCAUUGUGGCUGACUCCUGGCUGGGGAAGUUCAAGACUAUCAUCUACUUGUCCGUCGUCUAUGCGAUCGGCCAGGUUACGAUGGCUGUCAGCGCAAUCCAUGACAUCACUGACACGGACAGAGAUGGGACACCAGACAACAUUACCUUUCAUGUCGUGUUGUCCAUGGUGGGUCUCUUCCUCAUCGCUUUGGGCACUGGUGGCAUCAAACCUUGUGUUGCUGCCUUUGGUGGAGACCAAUUCGGUGAUCAUCAGGAAAAGCAAAGGAGAACGUUCUUCUCUGUGUUCUACCUUUGCAUCAAUGGUGGGAGUCUCCUGUCAACCAUUAUCACUCCAAUCCUGAGAGCUCAGAGCUGUGGCAUCUACAGUCAGCAGAAGUGUUAUUCCCUGGCCUUCGGCGUUCCUGCAGCACUAAUGAUGGUUGCACUUGUGGUGUUUAUCAUUGGUAGCGGUAUGUACUACAAAGCUGAACCACAGGGAAACAUCAUGCUUGAUGUGUGUAAAUGUAUUGGGUUUGCCAUUAAGAACCGCUACAAGCACAUAAGCAGUCAAUACCCAAAGAAGCAGCACUGGAUGGACUGGGCUGAAGAUAAAUAUACUAAACUCCUCAUUGCUCAAAUCAAAAUGGUGCUGAGGGUCCUCUUUUUAUACAUCCCACUCCCGAUGUUCUGGACCCUGUUUGACCAAAAGGGUUCUAGAUGGACUUUGCAAGCCACCAAUAUGAAUGGGAACUUUGGGCUACUUGUUAUACAGCCUGAUCAGAUGCAGACUGUAAACCCCAUCCUGAUCCUGACACUGGUGCCUAUCAUGGACAGCUUAGUCUACCCUCUGAUCAAAAAGUGUGGCCUGAACUUUACACCUCUGAAAAGAAUGACAGUGGGGAUGAUGAUGGCAGCUAUAGCUUUUGUCUGCGCUGCUUUGGUUCAGAUUGAAAUUGAUAAAACAUUACCCACCUUCCCAUCAGCCUCUCAGAGUCAGUUGAAAUUACUUAACAUGGGCAGUAACCCAGUGACGGUUGAGCUGCCUGGCAUCGAUCCUCUUGUACUUCCUGCAGCUCAGGCCAGUGAUGAAUUCUUCACAUUUGACGCAGAAAGUAUCAGCAUGUUAAUAGGCAGCCCUCCAGUGGUGAAAAAUAUUUCCUUAGCUAAAGGAAAGCGAAAAACGCUUCUCAUGACCUCAAACAUCACUGACAACUGGAUGUUGACGAAUGAUGUGAUUUCCAAGCCACAAGAAGGCAACAAUGCAGUCCGAUUCAUAAAUGGAAUGAAUACAGCAGUGAAUGUGUCAACUCCUGCAGCUGCCUUUGGAGUAAUUGAGUCAUUUGAUUAUUCCAACUACUCCCAAAUAAGUAAUGGAAAGUCCAUCUUCACCAUACAGAAUGGGUCACAGUCAUGUGAAUACAGCAGGGACUUUGGAUUUGGAAGUUCAUAUACCUUCUUUAUACCCAGCACUUUGGUCAUUGGACCUAAUUGUCAGGAGUCUGUUACUGUGACAGAAGACAUCAAGCCCAACACAGUACACAUGGCUCUCCAGAUCCCGCAGUACUUCUUCAUAACUGUUGGUGAAGUGAUGUUUUCUGUUACUGGUCUGGAGUUCUCCUACUCACAGGCACCUAGUAACAUGAAAGCGGUGCUGCAAGCAGGCUGGUUGUUUACUGUUGCUGUGGGUAACUUCAUUGUUCUGAUCGUGGCUGAGGUUGCAAAGCUUCCCAAACAGUGGGCAGAAUACAUCCUAUUUGCCUCUCUCUUGGUUGUAGUGUGUUUUAUCUUCUCCAUCAUGGCGCAUUACUACACCUACAUCGACCCUGCAGAAAUUGAGGCCCAGUUCACUAAGAAGGUUAAUGAAGAUGAUGAUGAGGAGGAUGAUAAGUGCAAGCUACAGAAGGCGCAGCUCGAGAUGGUCAAGAAAGACUCCAUUAAAAGUCACGAAGAUGAAGAUGAUACAGGCAAACAGACCAAUAUGUGAACAUUUAUAUCUGAUGUCCACACGAGGUAGAAUAUACUUUCAUGCUGCCAGUGUUGUGUUGUGUUGUGUAUGUGUGUGUGUGUGUGUGUGUGUG